AUGGCAGCUGAAGAAUUGCAAAUCCUGCGUAAAUUGCUAAACCCAUUACCUCAAUACGUAUUAGGUUGUUUUCCUGCUAUAGCAAUAAUUGGAGAAUCUCCAAUGAGCAAGUUUACAGAAAAGUUCACUUGGGUAUUGCGAUGUCUUGGCUGUCCAUUUAGUGGAUUGUUUUACUCCCUCAACGUUGGGAAUAAAGAAGUAUCACGUUGUAUAUACUGGCUUUCGGUAGAUUAUUUUAAAGUGAAAAAGGACAUGGAAAUAUCGUAUCAAAAACCACAAUAUAGACCUUUCGCAAAAGCAUCUGUUCUAGAACGAUUGUCAUCAUUGGUAUCAGCAUACUACAUAGUAGUCGGAGUGACUGCAGGAAUAUCCAUGACGACUGGACCGAUUGUCUGUGAGGGUUGGGCAUAUAUACCAUUAUUAUUGUCCUGGACAUUUCCAGCAAUAUGGAAAAGAGGGUUUUCAGGGAUCCUGGUGGUUAAAGAUCCUAAAAAAGUGUUUGAAAAUACAAAAAUAUACUUAGAUGGCUAUUCGACAGAUGAAAUUCGAACCUCAAAACGUGCAACGGUUACGAUGACUGCUUUAUUAUCCAUAGUUUAUCCUUGGAUAACAGCUUGUUUACCGGGAAUAACAAAUGGUGGGUAG